UUCAUUGGCGUUGGACUAACUGUUGGCACCCAAGAUUUUGCAAGGCGAUUUCAUGCAACCUAUGUUUCUUGGGCAAUUGCUUAUCUCUUAGGUUUGAUCUGCCUUAUCCGAGCUUGUUAUUGGGGAGCCAUACGAGCACACCUUGGACAUAUUGCGGGUUUGGUUCCGGACCACUGCAAUAAAGUGAAUAUCGCAAUAAAGUGAGUUGUCUCAAUUGGAGGUAGGAGUUUUCCUGGAAACCACUUCUACGCCCUAACAGCUAGCAAUAACUUGACUAUGCAUGGAAGUGCUUGUGAGACCACACCUUUGAAACAUAUGGAACCUCAAGGUCUUUGUGAUAAUGGAAACCAAAAAAUUGAUUGGCAAACCGCUUCAACCAGCAAGACCUGCUCGCCAUCUGACUUCCCCCCCUGGAGUAGUAUUCCCUUUCGACUUUCAGAAUGAAUAUCCGUGCAACACUCAGUACUUACAAAGUGGAGGUAGCAGAUGUAAGACGAAUGGAAUGCAAACCUUUGCUCAGGGUCUUAAUGACCAACAGCAACAUCAGUCUCCAGUUAAAAAAGAGAGAAUUAAAUACAGCAGAGAUUUCCUGUUGAAGCUGUCAAGUGUUUCCAUCUGCAGGAAAAAACCAGACUUUCUGCCUGAUCAUCCCAUUGUACUUCAAAAACCAGAAAACAACCACAGUUUUAAGUAGCAUUUUAAGAACAGAUGAAGAAUUGUUUUGUAUUUUGGACACCUGCAAAUGAAGUGGAUAUAGUAACAAUAACUAUAAUGGACUAUGACAAUUCAAUUUAUUUUUAAUUUUGAUGGAUAUUUGGUUUCUCUUAACAUGAGAAAGAGAUAUUUUAAACUAUAAAGAAUUUUCUAAUCAGUUUCAGCUUAGCAGGCAGUUUCCUGCAUAAAUUGGGAAGGAACACUUGUGGUUAGUGAAAUAGACUUGAUAAUUUGCAUGCUACUUGCAAUUUUUUUGUUUUUCAUCACUUGUAAUAAUGGAAAUGGAAGCUGUAAAGAUUCUCAAAUAUAAAAAGUAUUUGGUGCGAUGUAUAUAUGGUACAUAAUUUCUUGUUGCUUUUAAAGUUGCUUUUGUUUUGUUUCACAGCCAUUUCCGACCAGCACUUGAAAGGAUGUUUACAAUUUCUGCAGAGGCUUAGAACGAUUCAGAAUGCUCAAUGCAGAAAUCUCAAUGACAGGAGGGAGAA